CAAAAAGCAGAGAAAGAGGAGAAGAGUUAAUGGUGGGUAAGGGGUGGUGGUGGGUCGUGCGGUCCGGCUCUGUUUUGAAUGUAGCUGCUAGUUGAGGUGCUGUGCAGUUGUCUGGGUUUAUGGAUUCGCUGACUGUGGAAAAUGUACUUCUCUAUAGUGGUCCUUGUCCUGACUAAGGCUCUGUUCACAGAUGUAUGUCACGCUCUCAAUGUGACACUGACCCCAGGACCUGUUGUGAUGGUAACAGAGAAAGACAACGUGACCCUGUCCUGCCUGGUAUCUCAGAGGAAGAGGAGCAGCAGCGUUCUUAUCCUUCACUGGUUCUUCUCACCUCUUGCUGCUCCGACUCUCCUGCCUCCUCCAUCCUCUCCAUCCUCCUCCUCCCCCCAAGCCCUGGACCCCUCCCAAGUUCUGAUUGUGAAGAUGGGCAUAAAGAAAAUGAAGCUGUACGGUAACUACACCCGUCAUUUCCCCCAGCCAAAGUUUCGCCUGUACGAGGAAGCGGAGGGGGAGCUGUAUCGGUUGCGGAUCUUCAGCGUGGCAGGGGCGGAUCAGGGGUUCUACACGUGCAAGGUUCAGGAGAUCCGCAAAUUCAGAAACACAUGGAGAUCAUCAUCCAAUGGUACCAGCACCACACAGCUCACAGUGCACUUUACUCUGGAGGGCGGCAGCAAUGAAGGACUGUGGCGUUUAUUUGCAGAUGUCUAUCUGUGCGCUGUGCUGAUCUGCUCACUGGGCCUGUUGUCCAUCUUCCUGUUCACUCUGGUUCUCACGUGCCAGCACUUUCACAGACGACAGACGCUCAAAGCCAGUUACCUGCUGGUCAAGUGUCCAGAAAGCAGCUCAGGAGAGACUGUGACCAGCUCCAGCAGCUCCUCCAGCUACUCCCCAAGGGCGCAGAGGAAAGACACCAGACGGAAACCUGACAGAAGAGUCACAGUAACGCCACCUGAACUACCAAUAGAGCCUCCACCGCACAUACCAGCCAAAGUGCCUGUUGCUGCGAAGAGACCUCAAAAGCCCAGAAGGUUAAAGACUCAGCCGAGGAGAUCUGCCGCUCCUCGAGUAUCACAGGAGGACAGUCUGACAUAUGCAGAACUGGAGCUGGUUCGACCGAGGCCGGAGCCCCAGGCCUCCUCCGCCACACCGGACCCCGACCCCUCAAGCCCGGACACUGUGUACGCUCAGAUCUUCUUCCAGGAGAAGCAGCUGUAAACACAGCGGCUCAGUAUCUCCUCCGGUGAAGGCAGAGAUUCAGCUCUGACUGAGUGGCAUCAAAAAGGACUAUAGCCUAUUUAUGAACUAUCAAUAUGGCAUUAGCUUUUGUUUCUUGGCUGCAAGUUCGCUACAGCUGCUGGUAAAUGAGGCUUUUGUGUUUCCUCCCGGCAGUUUUUUGGGGUCUUAUAAUUCAGUUGUUUUGUUUGUUGGCAUUGUUGGCCUGUGAGCCAGAUGUUUAUAAGAAUGUUGUUACUGGUAACUAUUCUGUAUAAACUCAGGAGACUGUGUGGAGGUGUGUGGUGUCCAUGCUCCAUCUGCAGCGUCAUGUCGCCGCGGCCACACUCAGCUUUUUAAAUGCAUUAUAGCACUAAUGAACAAAAAUGAAUAAACGUAUGCCUGGGUCUGACAUUCAAAGAGUUCAGCCUGUGAUUCAUACAAAUGUUGUUUUUAAUCAUCUGUUCAAAGAGGUCUGGAUUGCACUUUGUCAGAUUUUAUAUGAUGUGACUGGGGUCACAAGCAAAUCUGUUUUAGAUGACGAGAGAAAAAAAUGACAACAUGAUAUGACAAACAGCUGCAGCUCAUUGUGCGUCUGACUAACGCAGCAGCACAGGCUGAGAAAUGAGAAACCAAUGACUUCUGUAAUCGGUUAAAGAGAAGAGAACAUUUGGGGAAAAACACUUUUGUUCUUUGGCAGAGCGUUAGAUGAGAAGAUCUCAUUUUAACUAACAAGUGGAAGGCUGCAGGCCGGCGGCUGUUAGCCUAGCUUAGCAUUAAGAAUGAAAGCAGUUGGAAACACCUAGCUUGGCUCGGCUCGAAAGUCUUUAUUUAUAUAUAUAUAUAAAUUCGUAUAAAUGUCAAUAUCGAACCCUUGUGAAAAAGAACACACAAAUGUAUGGAACUUAAAUAUGCACAAAUAAAUGUAAAUACAUAAUAUA